AUGGCUAAGAGAAUUGCAAUUAUCGGGGGAGGGAGCAGUGGGUUAACAGCAAUCAAGACCUGUCUAGAGGAAGGUUUUGUGCCAGUGUGUUUCGAGAGGUAUUCAGACAUCGGCGGAAUUUGGUAUUACAACGACAGUGUGGAAGAAGGGAGGGCGAGCGUCUACAAAUCGUGUGUGAUCAAUACGAGCAAAGAGAUGAUGGCUUACAGCGACUUUCCAAUGCCGGUGGAAUUUCCGCCCUUCAUUCCACACCACAUGCUGCUUGAGUACCUCAGAAUGUACGUGGAUCAUUUUAAACUCCUCCCGUACAUACGAUUCAACACACCGGUAAAGAACAUUAGCAAAUCUCCCGAUUAUGACACUACCGGACGCUGGACAGUGCAGUUCACCAAUGACAAUGAAUCUAAAGAAGAACUAUUUGACGGUGUUAUGGUCUGUACAGGCCACCAUCAUAUCCCACACAUGCCCUCUUUUAAAGGACAGGAAGUUUUUGCUGGGCAUUCAUUUCAUUCCCAACAAUACCGAACGCCGGAUUGCUUCAGAAAUAAGAGAGUCUUGGUUAUCGGUAUUGGAAACUCAGCAGUGGACAUUGCCGUAGAUGCCGCAUCAACCGCAUCCCAGGUUUUUCUCAGUACCCGCCGGGGUGCCUGGGUGGUCAGCAGGAUGGGCAUCUGGGGUCUUCCUAACGACAUACUGGCUAACAGCAGAGGGGUGUUCAAAAUGGGCAGACGAGCAAUGCAGGCCAUGGUGGAGAAAAUGGCAAACUUUCGUUGUGAUCAUGAGGUGUAUGGACUGAAGCCGCUUCAUCGAGGUCUCGAGGCCCAUCCAACCAUCAACGAUGAACUACCUCAGCAGAUCAUGAAAGGAAAAGUGAAAGUAAAAUGCAACGUCUCCCACAUGACGGAGAAUACCGUGUACUUCGAGGAUAACACGUGUGCGGAUAUUGACGUGAUAGUCUAUGCCACAGGCUACCGCUAUGAAUGUCCGUUCCUGGACCAGUCCAUUCUCACUAUCAAGGAGAACAGGACUCGCCUGUACAAGUACGUCUUCCCGCCUCACCUGGCUCACCCAAGCCUAGGAGUCAUUGGCCUAGUCCAAGCUGUCGGUGCCGUAAUGCCAUUGUCGGAGAUCCAGUCAAGAUGGUUUUGUAAGGUAAUCAAAGGUGAGUGUCGGCUGCCACCAAGGGAGGUAAUGCUGGAAGACAUUUUCCAAAAAGCUAGGAAAAUAGAGAAGGAAUAUUUACAUACACAGCGCCAUGCGCUUGAAACCAUGUGGGUGCCUUAUAUGGACGAGAUCGCAGACCAAAUUGGAGUCCGACCAAACUUUUGGCAGAUGGCUCAGACUGACCCAAAAUUUGCAUUUCGUUGCCUGUUUGGUCCAUGUGUUCCGGCACAGUACAGACUUUUUGGGUCGCACCGAUGGGAUGGAGCCAAAGAUUGCAUAGAAAACGCUUAUUUUAACUGUAGCGCUCCUUUGACGACAAGAAAAGUACCUCCAGCGCCAAAGAGGUUAACUGUAUCUCAGCACAGCUCUAUGAGCCUUUUCACUGGCAAGACCGAGAAACUGUCCGUGCCAGUAGACAAAUCUACGGUAGUUAACCUAUUAAAAGUGUUAUUAUUUGUUUUCUUCCUGUCAUGCCUAUAG